AUGGAUCCAAGUCGACAUCACGAAUAUAUAACCGCCACCAACAAUGAUGAACGUUCCCGAAUUCAUACAUCGGCCGGGUAUUAUAGCCGAGAUGUUCACGAUAUAUCGCCACAUCGUUAUUAUGGAUCCACGGCAGCACAAUCCACAGGAGGACCACCACACCCUGCAAGCACGGGGCCGCCUGCCCGAAGUCAUAGUAACACCAGAAUUCCCUGCGAUUGUACAACAACACCCAGCGGCGCCAGAAUUACCUGUAAUAAUUGUCGUCUUAAUCCAAAUGGUGAGAUGUGGUCAAAUGCUGCCGGCUCCUCGUCCGCGUCAUCAUCGAACUCAGGUCCUGCCGCCCAUGAAUAUCAUAGAGCGGGAGGAGGAGAUUACCGCCAAAUACCUAAUGAAGCCACAAUGCGUUCGGGGAUGAGGCAAAAUUCCAUGUAUAUACAUCAGCAGGCAACGCCCGUUACGGGUCCUCCGCAACACAUGUCUUCUUCUGGUCCUAUGCAACAUCAUCCUGGUGGUCCACAGCCACCACCACCACCUUCCAACUCCUCCUCCACCACUUCUCAAACAAUGAUGCAAAGCCACACGGUUAGUCGAUCGGGCAGUUAUUGGCCUCAGAAUCCAUCAUCAACCUCGCAACAUUAUGGUGAAGAGCAUAUACAUGGUCCAGGUCCUGGUCCUGGUGGCCAUCAUCCUCCUCCUCAUCAUCAUCAUGCAGCCGCUGCUCAUCCGCCACCUCCCCAUCAGGCCACAACUCAAACACAAAUCGAUAUUAGCAUAACAAGACGAUCGUCGACGGGUGGUCCUCCUCCUCCCAGUGGUGCAACUAUGGAUGCUGGCAGCAGCCUUUAUGGCCAAUAUAAGUCUCACCACUCCUCACACUCAGGAAGUUCCUAUCCACCAACACAGCCCUCCUCAGCAAUGGCGACGUCGACGCCGCCUAUACAUCAUCACCAGCAGCAGCAACAACAACGUGUGAGUGCAAUAGGCAGUGCUGGUGGUGGUGGAUCAUCAUCCUCACCUGCCAUGGUUGUUGGUAAUACCCACUACAUAACCAAGGAACAACGGGUAUAUCAAACAAAAUACUCCUCCUCAACCACAACGACAACAAAAAUAGCCUACAAUGCUACGGCAACAUCGGCGGCAGCUCUUUAUGAUGGCCAUGCUGCGCCGCCACCGCCGCCGCAGCAUCACAAUAAAACCGCAUCCGCCCUACCACCCAUCGAUCAUCAUGUUAUCAAUCCCAGCAAUUUGCCUGCCUCGAAGGAGCAGCACCCAAGCCCCAAUUAUGCUCGCAAAUGUCCACAAAUGUAUACGCCGGAGACGGCGGCAGCGGAGCAAAGUACCGCCCACCAUCAUCACAACCUGUACAUGCCCACACCGCAAUUUAGUUCGGAUAAAUUUUCAAGGGCCUCGCCUCAGCAGCUGUCGUCGUCAGCAGAGUAUACGAAAAUUAGGGAGAGCCCUAGUGGCGGCGGUGCUAGUCCCUAUGGAAUGCUGGCCUCUGAUAAAUAUGGUCACAUGUCACCCUCGUCCUCAUCAUCAACGCCUCACCUGCGGGAGUCUCCGCAAUUUGUCAGUGGCGGCCCACCACCACGUAAUUCCAAUGCCUCGUACUAUGCGGCGACAAAUGCCACACCUCCGAACCACCAUCAGCAUCUUCCAUCCUCGAAAGUACACCCACCGGAAAUGUCUCCGAUUAUAAUGAAACAAUCGCCGCAUCCGCAUUAUCAGUAUUCUUCAAGAAGUCCCCUACCACCGUCCGCCUCGCACCACCCACACCACCAUCAUCAUCAAAUCCCUCCAGUGCCGCCAAGUAAAAUAAAUGCUUCGCCAUCGGGGCCUGGGGCGGGUGUAUUAGCGGCACCACCAGCACCUGCACCACCGCCACCCCAAGGAAACCCACCAGCCCAUUCCGCACAACGUUACCUUAUGGACAAUGUGAAACGGGAAGAUUUGGAAAUCUAUGAAAGUUCGCCACAGCAUCACCACCCGGCCCGAGGGGCUUAUAUUAAUCCCUAUAAUACCCCACCACCGGCGGGAGGUGAUACGUGCUGUAAAGAGGUCGUACCGUUGUCCACAUCUUCUUCGCCCUAUACUGUGGGUUCUUCGGCCACACCCAAUAAUUAUCGUGUGGAAUCUCCCCAAUUCUAUAAUACAAAAUAUGGCGGAAAAAUGGCAGCGGGACUGGCGGCGGAUGGCUCGAAUAAACAUGCCGCCCUACUGCAGCAGAAUACCCCACCGCCCAGUCGGGCCCCUAGUCAAAGGGGUGGACAUCCAGGACAACCUGCCUAUUAUUAUGAUGGUAAUCCGCAUAGUGCACCCUCACCGGCAGCGGCCACAGCAGCCUCUCCAAGUCCCUCAUCAUCGCUUCUGGCCUCCUCCUGCACCACCACCACAUCACAAACCCAUAUUCAUCACACCGAAUAUGUGACCACAACGUUGCAACAGGGUCCCGGAGGAGGUGGGGUUCAUAUGUCCGGACCGCAUCCUCACAGUAUUCCACCACCACAACAGUCUUCUUCAUAUCCACCCAGUCAACCAACUGGUGGCCAAUAUCAGGUAGCCUCCUUACGGAACAAUGAAAUGUUGGCAUCCGCGACUGCUGCAGCUCCCUUACCUUAUGAACGUGGUCCGAUACAUAAUCAUCCGCCUGGGGCUAGUAGUAUGAAACAUAGCCAGCCAAACUCCACAUUGGUGCCGGUACAACAAAAUGUCUCCUCAUUAGUUCCUCCCAGCCAUCAGCAGCAUCAUCCUCAUCCUCCUCCGCCACAUCACCAGACUUCCAAAAUCCCCGCAGCAGCAUCGGGGGGAAAUAGUGCGAAAAACAAACCCAAUUAUCGAGAGCUGAUUUCCCGGGAAUUGGCCAUGCGUAAUGCCACCUCCGAAACGGAAUUGAAUCUGAAAAUCAUAAAAAAGACCCUGAAUGUGGAUUCGCAGAAUAUUCGGGUGCCUGGGGCGGCGGCACAACCACCAAAUUUGCUCAGCAAUUCAAGGGUGGCCCCGCCACCACCUCAUGCAAUUGUGGGCGGACCACCAGCAGUAUCAUUACCACAGCCCACUCCUUUGGUCCUUCAGCAUGGCACGAAGCUGGUGAAUCAUCAUCCAGCCGGGGCGGCGGCAUCAACCACGGUGCCGGUUAUACCCCGACCUGCAGAAUCUUCUCGAAUCUUUAUAAAACAAGAGGAUGAUAAACCCUCUUCGUCUUCCGGUGGUGCAAGUGGUGGACCCAUCACAGCCACCACAACCUCACCCUUGGAUCUUUCCAUGCGCACCGUCAAGACCAAGGCCGAUUCGACAGAGUACAAAUAUCCGCAGCGGCGUUCUACACCGAAUUUAUCAGCCGCCACGUCAUCAUCGUCGUCUGGAGCCGAGGGCCGUUAUACCUUGCCUCGGGUCGAUUCUACACCGGUGUUUUCGGUGCAUGCCUUUGAGCCGGGUGGUGCAGCCGUUGAUAUUACCGCCAGCAGCAGCAGCAGUCGGCGACCGAGUCCACAUAAUUCCCGACACAGUUCAUUGGAGCGUAGCAGUCGGAAUUAUACACCACCCACAAGGGAUAUUGUUAUGUCAGGGGCCACACAUUCAAAUAGCGUAUCCCCCAUAGGAUCCUCGGGAUAUCCAGCAGCACCACCACAUCCAGCAGAACGUCAUCCCAGCCCCUAUACAGGAAGACGUAGUACUGGAGGUGCGGGUGAAAUAAUGAUGUCUUCAGGAAGUCCUCACAUAAAGGCCGGUAGCAUGAACUCUUCGCCGUCGUUGUCCUCUGGGUAUGAACCUGCAGCCCCCAGUUCGUGUGUGAUAAAGACUGGGCCUAAAAUCGAAAGGGAUGCGGUGGGGCCAAUAGCACCCCAUCAUCGCCACAAUUUACCGCCACACCAACAACAAACAAGGCCAAGUGUUUUGGAAACCAAUCCCUAUGCCAGUGUUAUAAAAUCCGAACCCAAGCCGAGGAUACCCCUGGAGGUGGCUUCAGCAUCUUCCUCCUCUUCUUCCAUUUCAACAUCGCAUCACACCCUGGCCGCUGUGGAACGUUUACCACCCGAUACCAGUAUAAUGCCGUUACCUUUGAAAAAUGGUAAUUAUGGUCCGAUGGGUAAAACUGUGAUACCUCCAGCCCCUGCAUCUGCAUUACGCGAAGCUGGUCCCUCGCCUUCGAAUACCUCACAGGGUUGUGAACGGAAUCCCAAUUUUAGAAAACGUCACAUUCAAGAGUAUUCACAUCAAAUGUCCUCCGCAUCCUCCUCGGCUUCCGCAUUGGGAGAACCUUUAAAUAAACAAUCCCGUUAUUCGCUGGAUUCUCCCAAGCCUCCCAUAAUACCCAUGAGACCUGCUGAUAUUUCGGUUAUAGCUGUCAAUGAGUCCAAUCAGCAUGAGCUGCUGCUGAGAAAUAACCCAGGUGGUGGGGUAAUAGCCAGCAGUGGGGUCAAGAAUCAGGCUCCGGUUAUUGUGAAUAAUGUAAAGCACACAUCCUUGGCUCCUCUACCGGUAGUGGAUAAGUUGGAACCCUUAAUGUCGGGGGUUGUGUGUAAACAAGAACCCUUAACCCCAACCGGGGUGGUUAUCGGGGAGCCAAAACCCGAACCCAUGAUUACUCAAACCACCACAACCACCCCCACCAGCCAUCAACCGCGUAUCCGAACAAAAGCCGAACUUAAAGGUUUUACCUUUAAUCCACCACCACCACAGGCGGCCAGCACAACAAUUACCCCGGCACCAACACCCACACCCACACCACCUACAUCUCAGGUGAAUGAAAUUGAAGGUAGUCCGAUUAGGUCUGGGACCUGUGCGGCAGGAUUAUUAAAUAUCAAAAAAGAAUCUCCAGCACCCUCACCGGCAGCAAGACCACAAACAACUCCAUCACCGCCACCUCCAGCAGCUACUCCCUCGCUCAAAAUCAAAGAAGAAGAACCCGAAUCCACGGUAGAGGAAUUAAUUGCCAUACCCGGUUUGGAGGAGGAUUUUUCCGAAAAAAAUCUGCUUGAUUUUGGCUGGAGCAACACCUGCAAUAAUUUCGUCGAACAGCUGAUAACCAAACCGGCCAAGAAGUCUUUAAUACCGGGGCUGGUAAAUAUUAAUACGGCUAUAGGAUCCGCUCCAGUAAUAAAAGAAGAACCCAAGGCUUCAGAACCCGCACCUCCAGCCGCCGCUUCCUUGGAAAAAUCGAAACUUAACAAUGAAAUCGCUGCACCUGAUACCACCUCGCGGACCUCUUUUCCUCAACACUUUGAUGGUGGUAUGGAUUCGAAAUCGUCCUCCCUAAAUCAAGACCCUUUGAAUUCACCAUCCUCCUCCACGGGUAUUCUGCAUAAGAAGCUCAAUAAGUUGGGUAGGGAAAAGAAACGCUACCAGCAGGAAAAGCGGUUGGCGGAACGCCUUCAAAGUAACAAGGAUAGCUCUUCGGAAACGGAAGAUGAAUUGGACAAACGAAAGACUGAACGCCUCAAGAAGCCUCUGAUGAAGGCGAAAAAUAAACUCAAGUCCAAGCCCAGUAACACCACCAGUAAUGAGAACAAUUCCUCCUCGAAUCAAAACCAAGAGAAUAAAAAUCAAUUUUCCGAUUGUGGUUCCGAUUCUUCGUCGACGUCGUCGUCAUCGUCAUCAAGUGGUGGCGCCCAAACAGAUAAGAAGGACAAGAAAUUAAAGCCCACCACCCUUACCACCCUGGCUUUCAAAAAGGAAAUGCCCUCGAAGUUACUGAAUAACAUGGAAAAGAAGGGUUCGGCGGAGGCCAAGGAAAUUAAGGUAAAAGAGGAGAAGAAAGGUGAAGAGGAAGAAAAGUCAAAGAAGAAAGAGGAAAAAACCAAGCUACCUGAAAAGGACCCCAAAACGAAUAAAAUCGAAAUUAAAAAAGAACUCCCGGAGGCGGAAUCGGAAGCGAAAGAAAAAUCUAAGGAAAAUCGGAAAGCAAAUAAGACCCCGGAGGAUAAGGAGAAUCCCAAGAAAACUCCACACAAAGAAUCUGGCAAGUCGGCAACAUCUUCAUCAGGCUCUUCGUCGUCUUCUGGAGGAUCGGCAUCCUCAUCUUCCGGCAACAGUUCCAGUGAAAGUGAUACCAAGCAGGAUCAAUCAAGGAAAGACAAAACCAAUACCUCCAACUCCACCUCGUCUUCCUCGCCAACUAAAAAACCCAACAACAUUUCCGGCAAACCUGUAGGAAAAUUUAAAAUCGGUUUGAAUACCAUGACCCGCUCAAAGCUUAAAAAGGAGAUGGAGGCCCAAAUGGCCAAUAGUAAAGUUUUGAGGAAUGAUAAAAUUAUACGGAACUCCACCACGAAAAUCAAAAGGAAAUAUGUUCGAAAAUAUGUCAACACGGUGAAUAGUUAUUUGGAAUCGGGGGGCCUGAGUCGAGAAUGUGGGGUUAUAAAAUCGACAAGGCUCAAGGCCAAGUUGGAAAGGAAGGUGAUGGCCUUGAAUCAUUUAAAGGCAAAGGAUAAGAAGUUGCAGAACCAGAACAACAACAAAAUUAAAAACCAAGGUUCCAAGGAAAGUGGCGGCGGAACCCCAACCAAAGGAGGAACAAAUAAACCUGAAAACCUCCAUGACCCCAAUGUUUUGGAGUUAUAUCGUUUCAAACGGGCCCUCAAGGUACCUCCCAGCCUCAUUAGUAUUAAACAUCCGGCGGCCCAUAAAAUUGCCGCCUCUUUGCCGGAUUUGGAGCGCCAUGCCUCCGCCCUGGAUGCCAAGAAAAAGAAGAAAAACAAUUUGACUUCGAACUCCAAUGAAAAAUCAAGAGGCCAUCCUGAGGAUGAACCCAUAUCGAUUAUCGAUUUGCUACACUCCAGGGUCACAAAAGCCUCUGGCCUCAAUGUUAGCAAUAAAUCAACAACCACAACAGCUUCGAAACCCGCAAAUACCCCUUCAAACACCCCGAAAAGUAGCAGCAGUUCCACCGCCACCACCACGACCUCCACACCUGGCGGUCUCUCCUGUGUAAUUGGUAAAAAUUAUGCCAAUAGCAGUAACAAUUGUGGUAUGUUCAGUGAGACAUCGCAGACCACCGAGUCCAGUGAGCUACAAAUGUUACCCCCUCUGAGGCCAUCAUCCGACGAGGAUGAGGAUGAUGACAAUGAAUCGGCAACAAGUGGUAAAAAGCGGCAUUUCAGCAUUUUCGAGACCACAGUGCUGCCGACGAAAACUCGCACCGAAUCCAAAAUGCAACAGAAACGGGAAAAUAUCCGCGAAAUUUUCGUCGGAGAUGAUCGCCCAGCCUCGGCACCACCAGAAAUGACCCAAACUCCCGACAACAACGGCGGCCUUGGGGUAGAGAAAAUGACCUACGAACAAACAUACGAACAAUUCCUGCAGAAAAUGAAUAUUGUCAUUAGCUCCGAUAAGUCAGGGCGAUUCAGUCGAACGGCGGGGGCACGAAAACUUCUACUCCCCACCUCACUGAAUUCCAACAAUUCCUCCUCUCUAAACAUCAAACAAGAGGAAGUCGAUACGGAGAGCACCAGUGUUAUGGAUCCCGAUGAACUCAAGGAUGAUCAGAAGUCGGAAACCACCUCCACCAUACGCAAAAAACGUGGUAAAUAUCUACGCCGCAAGGGUAGCUCAGGUUUCGAUUAUAUACGUAAAAAGAAGAAGCCAUCAUCCUCAUCCAACACCCCCGCAAAUGCUCUUCACAAUUCACACAAUAAUUCCAACAAUUCCUCGCAUCCGCAUCACUUCUCAGUGAAAUCGGAAAAAAUGGAUGCCGAUGAAUAUGAAAAUAAAGUGAAGACAGAAGAUGAUGUUAGUCGGGAAAUACAAAAAUGGGUCCUCAAUAAAGGUGUCGGACAGAGUACAAUGCAUAAGGCCGCCCGUCAGGGUUAUAUCGAUGUUGUGGUCUAUUGUCUGGAACGGAUGAAUAUGAAUCCCGAUCAAAAAGAUAAUGCUGGCUAUACACCGUUACAUGAGGCCUGCACCAAUGGUUGGUUGGAUAUAGCCAGAGUAUUGUUACAAUAUGGUGCUAAUCAUUCGGCUGCCGCACAUUCGGGUAUACGGCCGUUGCAUGAGGCUAGUGAAAAUGAUCAUGAAGAGAUUGUACGUUUGCUAUUGGCCUAUGGUGCUGAUCCGCUACUGGCGACAUAUUCAGGUCAAACUCCCUUAAUGUUAGCUUCAAGCACAACAAUGCGUGAUAUUUUAAAUAAUCAUUUAAUAGAUGUACAAAGUAUGGGACCUGAACGUAAGCCAUGGAAAUUCAAUGGGCCAUGGGAAAUAUAUGAUCCUUCAGAAUGCGGUUAUAAUGUUUUUGAGGGUGCCCCGAAUCCAUUGUGUGAUACGAGCCGAGCUCCAUUUUUACGUAAAGGUUCUUCGUUAAUAAUUAACAACAUGCUCAAUACAACAACAACAAAUAAUAAUAAUAGCACUGGUGUGGCAACUGGCAAUAAUUCUCAACACCCGGUUGCCACACAAAAUGGUCCAACUAAAGGAGGUGACAACAGUGGUACUACUGGCAGUACCAGCAAUAAUAUCGAUGCUUCAAAAGCAACAAGUGGUGGAGACACAUCGUCAUCAUCACAAAAACAACAACAACCACAUCCAACUAAAGGGGAGACAACAAUAAAGACUGUUAUGAUGGACAAAUGUGCAGUAGUACUCGAUAAAAUCGAUGGUCAUUUCAAUUCGCUGCGAAACAACAAUAAAUCAGCUGAUGAUUUAUUAGUGCAGGAAAAUUCCUCCGACAGUGAUGGUGAAAUGUUUGAAUUCGAAGAGGCAGACAUUCUACUGCCACCACUGUAUUUACUCAAGGACGAGGGUACCAAUGACAAAUGGGUGCUCCUGAGUGAUUUGUGCAAUUUACUUAAGGUUAAAUCAAAGGAUACUCUAUUGAAUAAGAUCUAUCCCCAAUCAUCUUCCGCUGCGGCCGCCUCUGCCCACAAAAGUCUGAUGCGUGAAUUGAAAAUGUCGGAUUUCCUGGAGAAGGCGACAUGUCUGCAACUUUUGUGCGCCGGUGAGAAACUCAAUAUUUGCGCAUCAAAGGUUGUGCUAAUCAAAUACAACGAGAAUGUUCGAAACUUAUUAGGGGUCAAAACAAUAUUAAUGAAAUUUUAGAAAAUAGGAAGACAACAACAAAAAAACACACACACA